AUGGGUCAUCAUAUUGAGAAAUUAGAUUCUACGGUUUCGGAGAUGCUUAAAUCUCAAGUAUGUGCAGUUUCAUUAGCUUCAGCGGUUAGAGAAAUAGUUCAGAAUUCUGUAGAUGCUCAUGCUACUACUAUCGAUGUCGUAAUUGACCUUUACAACUUGAGCUUUGCUGUUUACGAUGAUGGCACUGGGUUAGGUCGAAGUGACCUGAAUAUUUUAGCUACGCACAAUUAUACCUCCAAAAUACAAAAUAUGAACGAUUUAACAACAAUUAAGACUUACGGCUAUAGAGGGGAUGCUCUAUAUAGCAUUGCUAACGUCUCUAAACUAUUUGUUUGUUCAAAGACAAAGGAUUACAACUCUACAUGGAUGAGAAAAUUUCCAUCUAAAAGUGUUAUGUUGAGUGAGAAUGCCGAGCUUCCUAUAGAUCCUUUUUGGAAGAUUCGUCCUUGGAGCCAGAAAGAAUCUGGUACUGCUGUUGUUGUUGAGAAUAUGCUAUAUAAUUUACCGGUUCGGCGCAGAAUUCUAAGAGAAGAACCUCCAUUCAAAACUUUUAACGCAUUGAAGGCAGAUAUGCUUCAGAUACUGGUAAUUCAUCCAAUGGUUUCACUUAGCGUACAUUACACAGACAAAUCCAGAGCGCACAAGGACGUCCUUUUCAGUUCAAAAAAUAUCACUAAAGGAUUAACAAAGCAUCAAAAGAUGUCUCAAGUGUUGAGGAAUGUAUUUGGAGCAAUUGUUCCACCGGAUAUGCUCAAGAAAGUUUCCCUGAAAUAUAAAAAUUAUCAAAUUGAAGGCAUUAUAUCCAAGAUACCUGUUCGAUUGAAGGAUUUGCAGUUCAUAUAUAUCAACGGUAGACGUUACACAAACAGCGUCUUUCAAGGAUAUGUCGAUACCUUAUUUCAAGCACAAGAUUUUGGUGACAAAAAUUUAAGCUUACUUAAAACUAAAAGCGUGGGGAAGCCUUAUCGUUCACAUCCUUUAUUCAUCUUUGAUAUAAGGUGCCCCCAGACUAUCGAUGAUCUAUUACAAGAUCCAGCCAAGAACAUUAUAAAACCUUCCCACAUUAGUACCAUUGAACCAUUAAUUAUUAAAGCUGUUCGUUCCUUUCUGACAUUUCAGGGCUACUUACCACCUGAUAAUUCGGAUUCAUCAUUAAAGAUGGUUAACUGUUCACCGGAAAUAGCAACACCACUUGUCAAUCGAAACCAAAUUAGCAAAUGUGAUCGUGUAUUAAGUUCAAAAAUGAAAAUUGCACGUAUUAAUCCGUAUGUAGAAAAACCUGAGGUCGAUAAAAGGAAAAUAAACAAGGGUUCGAUAAACUAUGAAAGGAUUAAAAAAAUAAGACUUGACAACCAGAGAUCAUGCUUGCGUAAAAAACUCUCUUCCAGACUUUGCAGCAAUGAUCUCACACAAGAUUUUGACAAUAUAGAAAAAACAAUGACAAAUUUUUCCAUAUCCAGAGAUAUUCUAGCAAAAUACGAAGUGAUCAACCAAGUGGACAAGAAAUUUGUUCUUAUACGCUGUUCACACCAGUCUAUUCAUAACCUUCCAGUAUUAAUUCUAGUUGAUCAACACGCUUGCGAUGAGAGGAUACGUCUGGAAGGCUUACUUCAUAAUCUACUGACAGAAGUUAUAAGUGGUACUUUUGUUGCACAAGACCUAACCGAUUGUUGCAUUGAAAUAGAUCAUACUGAAGCUGACUUAUUUAAGCAUUAUCAAUGUGAAUUUAAAAAAUGGGGGAUAGGCUAUGAAGCAGUCAAGGGCACGCUAGAAACAUCGCUUUUGAAAAUCAAAACGUUACCUGAAAUACUAGCCUCCAAGUACAAUGGCGAUAAAGUCUACUUAAAAAUGGUAUUACUACAACAUGUACAUGACUUGAAGGAUUUUAAAAAGCUUCCAAUGGAUUUGUCCCAUUUCAGAAAUCAUACUUCGAUUGAUAAAUUAUACUGGUGGAAGUACUCAAGCUGUAUUCCAACGGUUUUCCACGAAAUCCUUAAUAGUAAGGCAUGCAGAUCUGCGAUUAUGUUUGGAGAUGAACUAACCCGGCAAGAGUGCAUGAUUCUAAUUAGCAAGCUCUCACUAUGUCAUAAUCCAUUCCAGUGCGCUCAUGGAAGGCCUUCUAUGGUACCUAUUGCAAAGUUAAAGCAAAAGAAACCUUAA